CGUAGAGCUCCGUCAGCCAAUCACGAGGAUCCAAUAGCGGAAACGCGCGAGGGAGUGCAGAGUAGUUGCAGCACAACAAGCAUGAGUAAAGUCAGCUGGUCAUGAAUCUACCUUAAGUGUUAUGUAUCAAAAGCACCGAGCUGAGAUGAAGACACUAGUUGUUGGAGUUGGCGGGUAAAAUGACCAAUGGAGGAAAAUCUACUCUUGCUAUGAGUCUACACCAGCAGAUACCCAACAGCUGCAUCAUCGCACAGGACUCGUAUUUUAAGGAUGAGUCUGUGGUACCAGAAGACAGCAAUGGGUUUAAGCAAUAUGACACACUUGAUGCUCUCCACAUGGACGUGAUGAUGAGUGAUGUUGACUUAUGGAGAAGAGAUCCCGAGUCAUUCCUGAAGCAGCGAGACCUGAACCCAGAGCACAUAGCACCAUCAGUCGAUAAGGAGGUGUUUGUGCUGAUAGUGGAAGGCUUCCUCAUUUUCAACUACAGGCCUCUGAAUGAGCUAUUCAACAAAAAAUACUACAUGGAAAUACCUUAUGAAGUCUGCAAAAGGAGACGAAGUUCAAGGGUGUACACACCUCCCGAUCCUCCGGGCUACUUUGAUGGACACGUGUGGCCAAUGUACCUGAAAAACCAUCAAGAGAUGGAGACAAUGGUGUCUGGAAUUGUAUUUUUAGAUGGGCUGAAGCCAAGGGAGGAGCUGCUGGCUGCUGUGUGCGGAGAGGUUUGUCAGGAAAUAGAAAGGCUCAGAGAGAAAGACUGAAAUGGUUGAAGUUUUAUUUGUUUGCUUUUUAAAGAUGGAGACUGCUGCUCACAUGGAUGUUGGAAAAGUAACGUUUGUUUGUUUUUUUGACUAAUGUGUGAGUUGAAGGACUAAACAGUGUUACUCUUGAGUCAAUAUGCUAAUGUCUAUGUAAUAUCUACGCUAAUACUUGAAGUAUGAAACUCGAGCUGGAGAUUGGACAGAGACUGCAUGACUCAGUGAAUAUAAUGUGUUUGCCAUUACAGUAAUGGUCAGUAUUUUAAAGUUAGGUUACACUCUAGGCAACCUAUCAAGGUGUUUUGACUUAUACUUACUUAUGCCCGACAUUUAACUGAUACAGUAUCUUAGAUAUAGAAUUUUAUCUCUCACUUUUUCUUCUGACUCUUUUUCUGUCUAACCUCAUAAAUACAUGUAACCUUAACUUGUGAUAUUAAAUACAUAACAUUUGCUAAAGA